AUGGAGGAUGGCUUCUGCACGUAUUUGCGGCUAGUAUACUCAGAGCAGGCUGAUGCUCGGGCUCGACAGCGAGAGGCUUCCUUCCAGCUGCCUGCUGUGCUGCAGGGGCUGUCUUUCGGGGGUCCCGUGCUGCGCAUUCUCGCUGCGCCUGAUGACACCUUAAUCACGAUCAGAGAAGAUGGUGCCAUUUAUUUCUGGUCCCUGCAGCUGAAGUUGAAAAGAAGAAAGCGGGUUUUUGACAAGCCCAUUAUUCGGAAGUCCAGGUGGGUGACGGAUGUUACCAUCAUGCCCCAGUACAACAAACUGAUCCUAGGGACUGGAAACCGUGAAAUCCAGCUGUAUGAACUCUCUAACUUGGAGCCGUACCGUCAGGUUGGUGGCCUGGAAGCUGUCGCGCUGAAACUGAACUGCGGGCGAGCAGAAUGUGAUCAAACGGUUUUCUGCAUCCACAAAGGAGUCAAGGCAUUUACGUUCUGCAAGGGAAAGAACUUACUGUUGACAGGUGGAAUGCAUCGGAUAAUUAGAGUCUGGAAUCCUUAUCUGCCUGGAAAACCAACAGGUAUGCUGAGAAGCCACACAGCUCCAGUGAUUUACAUCCAUGUGUCUGCUGAGGAUAACAAGAUAUUUUCCAUGUCCACCCACAACACCAUUGAGAUCUGGGAUCUGGAGACCAACAGCUGCUUGUUCACUGCCUCCUCCAAAGCCAGCGGCAUUCGGGGUGAGCCCGGGGCCUGCCUCUACCUCCCCAGUCCCAGAGCCCUGUAUGUGGCCACUGAUAUCCUAGCACUCCUGCACCUGAGGCUGAGCUGUCCCCACGAGCCUCACUCAGUGGUUUCCCACAAGGAGUCCGGGGUAUGCUGCCGGGACAACCCCACAUUCAGGCAGGUGGUCAGCUGUUCAGAAGCAUCUGUGGUGAAAGUAUGGGACUUUGAAACGGGAAGACUGUUGUCUGGAUUUACUGGGGCUCAUGGCAAUGCUGGAAUCACCUGUCUGACCUUUGACUCCAGUGGAAGAAGGCUGAUUACUGGGGGCAGAGACGGCUGUCUGAAAAUACGGAGCUACAACAGUGGGCAAUGUCUGCACACUCUGAAACACAACGGAGAGCAAGGUGAAGUCUGUGAUGGCACCUACUUGGAAGUGAACCAAAAUAAGUGUAUCAUAGCGGUUGGAUGGGAGAGAAGAAUAGAUGUGUACUUUGACACACCGUGUGACUUUCAUCACUUCCAGAAGCCACAGCCACACUGGCAAGAUGACUUGAACCAUGGGCACAAGGAAGACAUCCUCUGUGUGGCUCAUUGUCCACCUCUCCUCGCCACCUCCAGUUACAAUGGGGAGAUUAUCAUCCGGAAUAUCAUCUCAGGCCACGUGUACUGCAAGCUGAAUUCCCCCAGCUCCUCUGACAGCACAGAAGAUAGCGAAGGCCCAGAAGGAAGUGUCUCCUGCCUCGCCUUCCUCAAGACUCGGGCAGCCAACUUGGAAUCAGCCUCCGCUUCGCUGAUGGCCAACGGGCCCUGAGGUGAGAUUUGCUCCUAUAAGUUGGGUAGUGGGUUGGAAAUAAGUUCCAUACCUUAUUCCACAGACAAAGCCCGGGUCAGCAGCAUGGUGGUGACGGCGGGAGAUGCCUGUGCUUACGUGGGUGACCAGCACGGCAUUGUGCACGUCUAUGACAUUGAGGAGUAGGGCCUGCAGGGACAGGAGCUGCAGCCUCCCACGAAUGUGAAAUUCUGGCGGGCCCACAUCAGCAUGGUGAAUCGUGAUUUGGAGCUGGUAGAAGAAGAGGUUAUGCUCUCAUCCUCCCUGGACCGCACUGUGCGCCUGUGGAGCAGGGACGAGGAGUUCAUCGGGACCUUUGGGCAGAGCAGCCCCUGGGACAUUUUCACUCCUGCCUCCUGGAGCCACCCUAGAGUGCCCCAUGAAGUCCUGAGAGAUCCCCAGAGCAUGCCUGCUCACCCAGUGCUAGAAGGAGGUGUUCCUGCCACGUGCAGAGGAGAAGAGCAAGACAAGGUGGCGGAGGGCAAGGCCAGUGCUGAGGUUGGUCCUGGCACACACAGUUCACCUGGGCUUGCUCAUAGCUCCAGGCAGAUCGGCACUGGUUAUCAACUGUACCCUGAAAGGGUCAAGGCAUGACCCAGAGAACCAAGUCAACUCAGGAAUAAAAGCAUAUCCCAAGAUCCUGCUACUGACCAGGGCCGGGGGCCUCCUGGUUCAUCUGGGGGUAGUUGGAGCUGAUCUCCCAGCAUCACUUGACUCUGUCCCUCUUUCUCACCAGCAAAAAGGUUGUUGUCUGUGGCCUUGGAACACAGAUGGACUCAGCACCAUGCUCGACCCCCUGUCACAUCAGAGAGACAGACGCUGAAACUGCAGCCCACAGCACACAGUCCCCAUUAGGAAAUACAUUUUAACACAGGGCUUCCUGAGUGAAAGGAAGGAAUAAUGGGUUUAGUGCCUGGGUCCAUGAAAGUCAAUGUCAGAGCAAGAGAUGGUGAAAAGACCCUGGUAGAUGCAGUGUCUUGAUUUAGAGCUCAGUGAAAUAUAUGAAUUUCCAGGAAAUGCUUGCCCUUUAAUAAAC